AUGGUCUCCAAAAGCGCAUUGCUCCGCGACGCCGCCAUGUUAGAAGGAAUCGUUGCGAAUCUGCUGAACAGGUUCCUGGGGAUGUAUGUGAAGAACUUCGAUGCAGGACAACUUAAUGUCGGCAUAUGGUCGGGCGAUGUCAAACUACGAGACCUUGAACUCCGCCGUGAAGCUCUGGACCAACUACAUCUGCCACUCAAUGUCAUUGAAGGCCACCUUGGGGAGCUAACACUGUCUAUUCCAUGGUCCAAUCUUCGUGGGAAGCCGGUGAAAGUGCAUAUUCAAGAUGUAUUCCUCCUUGCUGCGCCCAAGGAGGAUUCCACGUAUGAUCCGGAGGAAGAGAAGAGGAGGGAACAUGCUGUUAAGAUGGAGAAGCUUGAAAGCGCCGAACUCAUCAAGGAGCAGAAUACCGCAGGCAUGAGCCAGGAGGAACAACAGAAAAACCAAAGCUUUACUCAAAGCUUGAUAACUGCAAUCGUCAAUAACCUUCAGGUGACUAUCAAGAACGUCCAUUUCCGGUACGAAGACGGCAUUGCUGCUCCUGGACAUCCCUUCGCCGUAGGUGUCACGAUCAAGGAACUCAGCGCGGUCAGCACGGAUUCAGACUGGAAACCUACAUUCAUACAGUCUACAUCUACCAAGAAUUUCAAACUGGCAGUCCUAAAUUCAUUGGCGAUCUACUGGAACACAGAUGCAGAACUCUUUGCGCCCAACUCCGGGGAUGGAGAUAAUGACGAUGUCCCAAUAUUCAGUCAUGCCGACCUGCUGGAGAAGUUCCGAGAUGCUGUUGCCACGGGCGAGAAUAACCAAUACAUCCUAAAGCCAGUCAGCGGCAAAGCAGGCCUGGAACUUGAUACCUCCCUAAACGUCGACCAUCCAAGGGCCAAAGCUAAACUUAUAUUCGAUGAACUUGGCUUUGUCCUUGAUGAUCAUCAAUAUCGUGAUGCAUUGAUGUUGGUUGACCUCUUCCAUUACUUCAUUCAACAUCGCGAGUACCGAAGCUUGAUGCCGGAAUGCCGGCCAAAGGAAGAUCCCCGCGCCUGGUUCAGGUUUGCUGGUCAAGCCAUUCUUAGCAAAAUCCAUGAACGGAAUCGUAAGUGGACUUGGGGUUACAUCAAGGAAAGACGGGAUAACCGUAUCCGGUAUAUCGAAUUGUUCAAAAUGAGAAAAAGAGAGGAUCCAAUGUCACCCGCGGAGACAGAGGAAAUGAAAGCCCUUGAGGAGAAACUGUCAUACGAGGACCUGCGAUUCUGGAGAUCUCUUGCUAGGAAUCAACUGAGGAAAGAAAGGAUCGAGUGCCCAAAGAAGGUCGUGCGGCAGCAGACCUGGUCUGAAUGGAUAUGGGGAACAGAAAAGAAGGAGGAAGACCAGCACACUUCCAUGACAGAAGAGCAGCGUCAGGAACUAUACCAAGCAAUAGACUGGGAUGAGAAGAAAGCUAUAGCUGAUGCGGUGGAUAUGCCGAGGGACUCCGUCAAAUUCCAGAUUGACUCGAGUCUUCGAGCCGGAAGCUUUACCUUAAAGCGGGAUCCUCAUGGUAGGGCAAACGAAAUAUUAAAGCUGGUAUUCGAGAGCUUCCAGGCAAAAGCACUACAGAGACCGGAUUCUUUCUUGAUCCAGGCGGACCUUGGUGGACUACGACUGUUCGAUCAUACUACAAAUGAUACCGUUUUCCCUCAAAUUGUCCGCGUUAAGGAUUGCUAUUCCAUGCCUAGCGAAGAUGUCGAAGAGAUCACGGAAAUGGACAUACCUGAAUCACCGGAUGUGGAGGAUAUAGACUGCGAGAACGACGAUAGCCUCUUCUACCUUCAGUUUGAAUCAAACCCGUUGGAUGGAAGUGCAGAUUCUGCCCUCCGUAUGAAGCUGAAAAGUCUUGAGGUUAUAUAUACUCCCAAGGUAUUGGUUGAAAUUGUCAAGUUCUUCCGUCCUCCAGAGCGACACAUGGAAUCUAUCGGCGCACUUCUGGAAACUGCGGGCGCAACCGUUGCGGAAAUUCGCCAACAGACCAGGGCAGGAUUGGAGUUUGCUUUGGAGGAGCACAAGACUAUCAAUGCCCAGCUUGACAUCCAGGCUCCGCUUAUCAUUGUUCCUGAAAGCAUUACUACAGACGAUAGCAUGUGCCUUAUCUUUGAUGCUGGUAGGGUCAGCGUGAGCAGUAAGCUGGCAGAUAAGGAGACUCUUAAGAUGGUUCAGAAUAAGCAAGGUUCAGAACUUAGUAAUGAUGAUCUCAGCCAGCUUGAAUCACUGAUGUACGAUAAGUUCUUGCUAAAGCUUGAUUCGACACAAGUGCUUAUUGGGAAUGGAAUCGAAGCAACUAAAGCCCAAUUGGAUGCUAAGACGGUAUCGAAAAAUCUUCACAUCAUGGACCGGAUUAACAUGGACUUUGUACUCGAGCUGUGCAUCGCUCCUAAAUCAACGCUCACCAGGACCCGUAUAUCAGGGCAUCUACCAGAGUUCCACGCGUCGAUGUCAGAUACGAAGUAUAAAAACCUGAUGAGGCUGAUAGAUAUAGCUAUUCCCCAAUUCAACACCGAUGGGCCUGCGGAUUCAGCGAAGAAAGAGGCUCAAGCUGAGGCUACAGCGCUUGAAGCUAGAGCUAGGUCACAGUCUAUUCAAUUUAGACAAAAAGAUGUGCCUGUCCUGCAAUCAGAGAAUGAUAUCGAAGGCCCAGAGGAGAAGAUAUCAACAGACUCACAAAGUUCUAAAAACAUACACCGGCGUUUGUUCGAAUUUAAAUUUACCGUUGAUACCUUGAGAGGCUCACUAUAUCGAUCUGACCCUAGUGAUGAAAGCAAUGAUAGGCUGUUGGUUGAAUUGGUCGCCGAACACUUCCAUCUAGAUUAUAAUCUCAGAGAGUACGAUAUGGCCGCCGAUAUUGUUUUGAAGUCUCUGAGCAUCGAGGAUUACAUUGAAGAGCAUUCCUCAGCACCCGAGUUUAAGAAAAUUGUCACAUCCAGAGGCUUCGAUGCCAACGAAGACAAAGAUCUUUUCACUCUCAAAUUUAUCAAAGUUAACCAUAACUCUCCUGAAUUUAUAUCGGUGUAUGAUGGUGUCGAAAUGAACCUCGAGCUUUUGGUCUCCACCAUUAACUUGAUUGUCACUCGGAAGACAUUGCUUACACUUCUGGACUUCGUUUUAAUUACCUUUACCAACCAGAAUUCUCAGAAUCAAGUCCAAAGCUCUGCUGAGCAAACGGCAUCUGCUGAUUCAAAAGAGGCACCAAAACCGGCCAAUACUGGGAAGAUUCGAAUCAGUUCAAAACUAGAGAGGAUAUCCCUUAUUUUGAACGAUGAUGGUGUCCGUUUAGCUACGCUCAGUCUUAAUACUGCUGACGUUGGGAUAUUCUUGGCUGAUGAAACAAUGCAAAUCCAGUCGAGAAUGGGUAGUCUGACCUUGUUCGAUGAUAUCAACGAUAAUGGCAAUUCCUCUACAGUCCGUCGCCUGAUGAGUAUAGAAGGGGAAGAUUUUGCAGAUUUCCGCUACCAAACUUUCAAUCCUAAGCUUAAAGACUAUCCAGGCUAUGAUUCAGAGGUAGUCCUGAGAUCUGGUUCGAUCAAAAUAAACUUCAUCGACGAGCCGUACCGUAGGGUUAUUAACUUUCUGGUUAAGUUUGGGAAAAUGCAGAGUAUUUUCAAUGCAGCUCGCCAGGCCGCAGCUAAUCAAGCUUCUCAAAUCCAAGAAAGUUCGUCCCUUAUGCAUUUCGAUAUCGUGGUCAUGACGCCAAUUCUGGUCUUUCCCCGGAUAACAGAUAAAGAUGGACCACGAGAUUUCAUCACAGCUCACUUGGGAGAGAUAUAUGCUAGCAACCAGUUUUCCAAGGCCGACUACGACGGUGAGGAGUACAUGGUUAACGCUAUUUCUGCCGGCGUUCGACAUAUACGUCUCACAUCCACUUUUUAUUUCUCAGAGGAUGCCUGUGAAGAACUAGAGAUGAUUGAGAAGGUAGAUAUGGAUUUCAAUAUCAGAUAUACCAGAGAUCCUAUCAAUACUUCUAUUCCGGUUAUGCGCAUUGAUGGCUUGAUGUCCCCUACCAACCUCCGGAUUUCACAAAUGCAGUUCAAAUUCCUCCUUGAGUUAUCAAAAACUAUCCCCGCAGCAUUUACUCCAGACCAGGACCUCCAAGAAGGACAAGCACAGCAGGCUCUACCUGAGCUAUCUGCCGGCAUAAGUGCAGAAUCAGAUUCUGACAAAGCUGAUGAAUCUAAGGCACUCACGGACCGCUCUUCACAGAAUACUGCAGAACCAAGCAAAUCAAUUCAACUAGAAUUGGGAUUCCGAGUGGAAACCGUGGGGUUAGAACUACUCCUCGUAAAUGAGGAUGCACCAGUUCAGUCCUUAGAUGACGCUAGUCUAUCUAAAUUCUUCUUGAGUGAUACUAACGUGAAGCUUCGGAUGCUGAACGAUGGCUCACUUGAAUCUGAAUUGCUUAUUCACUCCUUUAAUGUCCGGGAUAGCAGGUCAAAGGAGACAAAUCGGUUCCGCAAAAUCAUGUCUCUAGUGAAUACCGACGUCCAGCAGCAGUUCAUGGCUAGUGUGUCGAUGUCUGGUGGUACUGAGCGACAACUAGUCGCCAUAGUGACAAUUGAUAGUCCACGGAUUAUAUUUGCCGUUGAUUAUCUAUUUUCUCUUAAAUCGUUCGCAACAGCAGCUUUCCCUGCCGAGCCGACCGUAGAUACUUCCGAGAGCUCAGAUGAAGAGUCCACCGGUGCAUUAGUGUCGCGUGAGGGCCCACCUUCUAAAGCCGCCACCGUCCCUUCAAGCGCCAUGACAGCGGAUAAUAAAACUUCACUCGCAAUGUCUUUUAGAUUUAACAUGGUUGAUUCUCAGGUCAUCCUGGUUGCGAACCCAACGAUACCCAAUACCGAAGCUAUCGUCUUGGGAGCUAAACAGAUUGUUUACUCGCAACAGAAUGCAUCUACUCUUCAAAUUAGCAAUGUUGGAAUGUUUCUCUGCCGCAUGGAUAAGUUUGAAACAAGCAGACUCCGCAUUCUAGACGAUUUCUCCCUUGAGUUGUCAAUGGAUACCCAGAGUAAGAGCAAAGUAUAUUCAACUACGAGGAUUGAUGUACAUGUUGAACCAUUGAUUCUUCGAUUGUCUCCUCGGGAUAUCCUUCUCGCUCUACAGAUAAUGAAUAGAGUCUCCGAAAUGACUUCACCAAUUCAAUCGCAGAAUACGGCAAAAGAGUCGAAAGCAGUUACAGCAAAGCCCACUCAAGCAGAUCUCCAAUCUCCGAGCACCCCUGUUCAAUCCCGAUUGACUGCUAUGGAUAGGAUUCAGCAAUCGGCUAUUUUGAAGAAGGAAGAAAUGUGCAUUCAGAUGGAUGGUAUUAGAGUUAUACUUAUUGGCGAUGUGCACAUCCUUCCGCUUCUUGACUGGAAUGUGCAGUCAUUCCGUGCAGAUGUCAGGGACUGGUCUGCGAAUAUGAGUGCUGAUACCACCUUCGAUACCUUCAUCAACGUUUAUAACUUCUCCAAGUCGACCUGGGAACCCUUGAUUGAGCCAUGGCAGCUUGGGUUCCACAUGUCGAAAGAACUCAGCCCAGACAUUUUCUCAAUUGAUGCCUACUCCCAUAAAAAUAUGGAGUUAACAGUAACAUCUGCAACAAUUGCUUUGGCAUCUAAGACAAUGCAAUUCUUAUCUGCCGACGAAGAUGUUCUUUCCAAGCCAAGGGGCACAGAUACCCCUUAUCGAAUCCGAAAUUACACCGGUUUUGAAUUGCGAGUAUGGGCAGAUACUGGCAAGGGUGAGGAGGGUCACGCUUGUACCCUCGAGGAUGGCGAGGAAUAUCCAUGGAGAUUUGAGGAUCCAACUACUAUGCGAGAAAACCUCACACCAGAAGGUAACGCUGGCACAGUAGGAAUUAAACUCGAGGGUAGCGGCUUUGAUAGCAUCAGCCGAAUUCCCCUAAUUCGUGAAGGAGAAACACUAUAUAACCUGAAGCCAAAGAAAGACAAAGUGCUGCAUAAGCUCCUGGUGGAAGUCACCCUGGGAGCAGACUAUGUCAAAUAUAUCACAUUCCGCUCUCCCCUUGUAGUGGAGAACAGAACUCAGAUUCCAGUUGAGGUUGGGGUGUUUAGCCCUGCGGAGGGACACCUUCUCAAGAUUGAAAAAAUCCUACCAGGCGAUUCACGCCCGGCACCAGUAGGUGCCGCCUAUCUGCACUCCCUUGUCGUUCGUCCCGAUCAAGGCUUCGGAUAUGAUUGGUCAAACGAGAGACUAUUCUGGAAAGAUUUGCUAAAACGACCAACAAGGACGCUCAAAUGUCAGAGUGAGAGCGGCCAGCAUUCUCCACCAUUUUAUUUCCAGAUGAAUGCCACUUUCGACAGAAAUGACCCUCUUCUGUCCGUAUACCCAUAUAUGCGGAUCCGCGUCUCUGCUCCUAUUGAGAUACAAAAUCUGCUCCCAUAUGACUUUAAGUAUCGAAUUUAUGACAAAAACUUGAAGAAAGAUUGGACAAACUUCCUCCGAAAAGGCGGAGUGAGCCCGGUUCAUGUUGUGGAGCUUUCUCAUGUGCUUCUUCUUAGUAUUGAUAUGCAGGACACCGCAUUCCGGCAAUGCGAAUUUGCAAUCGUCAAUGGGAAUGUUCAAGAGGACUUCAGAAGAGAAACUACGCUCAUUGUUCAGGACGAUCAAGGCCAGGAGCUCAAAUUAGGUCUUCAUUACUUCACUGUUCCAGAUAGUGGAGGUGCCUUUAAGGUUUCUGUGUUCAGUCCCUACCUUGUUUUAAACAAAACUGGGCUUGACCUGAAUAUUCAGAGCAAAAGUGUUUUCCAUGGAGGCAGAGCCGCGGCGGGCAGAGCUAUCAAAACGGAUGCAUCUAGUGGAGUUCGCUCCGCCAUCCCUUAUAUGUAUUCAUACCAAACGGAUGACCAUAAAAACAGAUCCGUUCUAAGGGUCAAUGGGUCCUCAUGGAGUAAACCUCAAAGCUUUGAAGCAAUUGGGAGCAGCUUCGAGGUUACUUUACCCGCUAGCAAUGGUCGAACAGAGUACCACGCAGGUGUGACGGUAGAAGAAGGUACUGGAAAGUAUAAGGUCACAAAAAUCGUCACAGUCUCCCCUAGGUUCAUACUUGAGAACCGUCUAGAUGAAGAAUUGGUUGCUCGUGAGCCUGGCUCGUCGAAUGUUAUCACACUGAAACCUGGUGACCUUGUCCCGCUUCACUUCCUUAGGCAAUCAGCCGAAAAUCAGCUCUGCUUCUGUUUCCCUGGUGUCAACAAUCAAUGGUCGUCGCUGUUCAACAUUGCCGAUCUCGGAAUAACCCACGUGAAGUUGGCAAAGGCAAAUCAGCGCCAGAGGUUGCUCAAAGUCGAAAUACUCAUGGAAGGUGCUACCAUAUUUUUACGUAUUAGCAUGGAGGCAGUGCAUUGGCCAUUCUCCAUGAAGAAUGAAUCAGACGCAGAAUUCAUAUUCUUUCAAGCGAACCCAAAUAUCAGUGAGGAUGAAGAUGACCGCAGCACUACCUGGCGCCCUAUCCGUUACCGCCUGCCACCACGUAGUAUUAUGCCUUAUGCAUGGGAUUAUCCUGCUGCUAAAAACAAAUCUCUUGUUCUUCUUUGUCGAGGGAAGGAGAGAUAUAUCAAGCUCGCUGAAAUGGGCAACUUAAUACCGAUGAAACUCCCACCGACCCAAGAUUCGCCCCAAAAAAUUAUUGAUAUCCGCAUCGAAGCGGAAGGGCCAACACAAACGCUCGUUUUGUCUAAUUUCCGGCCAUCAAGGAGUAUAUACAGACAGCAAAAGCCCGCUUCCUCUCAAACAAGUGUAUCCACUGGGUUUGAAGUUAAAGAAGUUAAUUCGGAUAUCACCUUUAAGGCUCAACUCCGAUUAAACGGUAUUGGGAUCUCUUUGGUUAAUCAAAACUUAAAAGAGCUAGUAUAUAUCACUUUCCGCGAGAUAGAUCUCAAGUUCAGCGAGUCGAAGAUCUACCAGACCAUAAACACCACGAUAAAAUGGAUCCAAAUCGACAAUCAACUCUAUGGUGGAAUAUUUCCAAUUCUUCUAUAUCCAAGUGUUGUCCCAAAGACAGGUAAGGAGAUGGAGGCACACCCAAUUUUCACAGCCACAGUUACCCGGGUGAAAGAUGAUUCGUAUGGUGUCUUGUAUGUGAAGUAUGCGUCACUUCUCGUACAGCAAAUGACUCUGGAACUUGAUGAAGACUUCAUUUUUGCCCUCCUUGACUUUGUGAAGGUUCCUGGUGCAUCGUGGUCCGAGGAACAUGAGGACCCGAUCUGUGAGGCUGAGCUUGGCAUUCCUGAGCCCAAAACUGAAGCUCACGGGCAGGAUGUAUAUUUUGAGGUCCUCCAUUUGCACCCCAUGCAGCUCGAUCUGUCCUUCGUGCGCACGGAGCGAGUCAAUGUAGAGGAUACUACAGAGUCGUCUAACCCAUUGAUGUUCUUUGUGAACGUCAUGACAAUGUCCAUCGGUAACGUCAACGACGCUCCUGUCAGACUUAAUGCGCUCUUACUUGAGAAUGCGAGGGUGUCUAUACCAAUGCUCGUUUCGAACAUUACGAACCAUUAUACUCAGGAAUUCCUCCGCCAAGUGCAUGUCGUUAUUGGCUCCGCAGAUUUCCUAGGAAACCCUGUUGGUCUCUUUAACACGGUCAGCUCUGGGGUUGCAGAUAUAUUCUAUGAGCCCUACCAAGGCUUCGUCAUGUCGGACCGGCCACAAGAGCUAGGUCUAGGGAUUGCUAAGGGUGCUACUUCAUUUGUCAAGAAAUCAGUAUUUGGAAUAUCAGACAGUCUUACAAAGUUCACUGGCAGUGUUUCCAAGGGUCUUGCUGCGGCAACGCUGGAUAAAGAGUUCCAAGAUCAGCGACGGAUGUCUAGGGCCCGGAAUAGGCCAAAGCAUGCACUAUACGGAGUAACUGCAGGAGGCAGUGCUUUCGCUUCUAGCAUGGCUAGUGGAAUUGGUGGCCUUGCACGUCAUCCUCUUGAGGGUGCCGAAAAGGAGGGAUUCCAAGGAUUUGUCAAAGGUGUUGGGAAAGGGUUCCUGGGCCUUGCAACCAAACCAGCUCUUGGUGCUUUUGACCUCGCUUCAAAUCUUGCUGAAGGAGUGCGGAACACGACUACGGUAUUCGAUGCUGGAGGGCUUGAUCGAGUGCGUUUGACUCGGUUUAUCGGCCGUGCUGGAAUUGUCAAGCAAUACUCUCAGCGCGAGGCCUUGGGCCAGUUCUGGCUUAAAACAACAGAUGAUGGCAAAUAUUUCAACGAAGAAUAUAUUGCGCAUCUUGAGUUCCCCGGCAAAGACAUGCUUGUGCUGUUGACCUAUGAUCGAAUCAUGCUCGUCCGGUCCAAGCGCCUUACAACAGAAUGGGACAUCAAAUUAACCGACAUUCAAAAAAUUUCAAAGGAAAGGACCGGAAUGACCAUAACGCUUAAAGGCGGCACCAACGGCCCAUUCAUUCCCGUGCAAGAUGAGAGUGGGAGAAACUGGUUUUAUAAACAAAUUGCCAUUGCUGUCAAUGCAUUUAAUGAGAAGUAUAGCGCAAAGGGGUAG